AUGGCUGCAUUUUUUGCUAUGGCUACUGCUGGUUCUGUGCUGUUCUUAACCUUUCUUCUUCUCCAAAUAUUUCGAUCCAGAAAAGCUCCUGCAGCUCUACCAAACGGAAGUCUCUGGCAAGUUCCAUUGUUAGGCGAAACUCUGCAGUUUCUCAACCCACACAAAUCGAAUAACAUAGGCGGUUUUUUACAGCGACAGUGUUCCAGAUACGGAAAAGUGUUCAGAUCGCAUCUGUUCGGAUGUCCGACGAUCGUUUCGUGCGAUUUGGAGCUGAACACGUUCGUCCUCCAGAACGAAGAGAAAUAUUUCCAGAGCAGUUAUCCGAAACCAAUCCACGACGUCCUUGGGAAGCUGUCGAUGAUGCUGGUGUCAGGAAGCCUUCAUAAGAAGCUUCGAAGCGUAACCGUCGGAUUCAUCAACGCCUCGCGGCUUGAUUUCAUCUCCUCCAUCGAUUCCUUGUCUGCUAAAUUCGUCGCCUCUCUGCGGAAUAAAAACCAAUUGCUGUUCUUCAAGGAGGCAAAAGAGUUGACGUUUUACUUGAUGGUGAAAGUACUGUUGAGUAUGGAGGCUGAGGAUCCAUUGCCAAAACAGUUCUUCAAAGAGUUUCAGACAUUCAUGAAAGGCUUCGUUUCAUUGCCUAUUAACAUUCCUGGGAAUGCUUACUCUAAGGCUGUCAAGGCAAGAAAGAGCAUUUCUUUGGCUUUGAAAGAUAUGAUAAAAGAGAGGGAGAAUUCCAUUGAUGUGGCGAAAGAAAAAGUCGAUUUUUUAGACCAAUUAAUAAAGAAUGCUUCCUUGAAUGACGACGAAAGAGUUAGCCUUUUACUCGAUCUUUUGCUAGCCGGUUAUGAGACUACGUCGGGUCUCAUGGCCCUUAUUGUCUACUUUCUAGCCCAAUCCCCGGCUUCCUACCAAAAGCUACGAGAAGAACACGAGGCUAUAAGGAAGCAAGGAGAUCGUAUGGAUUGGGAAGCUUACAAGAAAAUGGAAUUCACUUAUCAUGUCAUAAACGAGGGUCUGCGGUGUGGGAAUUUAGUCAAAUUUGUGCACCGUAAAGCUAUCAAAGAUGUUAAGUUCAAAGAUUACAUGAUUCCUGAAGGAUGGCAAGUGCUCCCAAUAAUAUCAGCAACUCAUUUAGACCCUUGUCUUCAUAAAUAUCCUUUCGAAUUUAAUCCUUGGAGAUGGGAGGAUACAUCAACGGUAAAAAAGGUGAACCCAUUUGGAGGAGGGCUAAGGGUCUGUCCAGGCUCUGACCUUGGCAAGCUUGAGAUUGCUAUUUUUCUUCACCAUUUUGUCCUCAAUUUUAGGUGGAAACUAUUGGGAGAUGAUUGUCCAAUGUUGUAUCCAUAUUUGGACUUCAAGAAAGGGUUGCCGUUGCAAGUUGAACGUAUAAAAGAUUAAUUUGAACUUCAUCCAUCAUUCAAAUUUUUGUUUAUUAUUGUUAUUAUUUUUU